AUGUCUGACGCUCUGAUCAAUGGCCUCGCCGGGGCCGGCGGUGGAAUCAUCGCUCAGCUCAUCACUUAUCCUCUUCAAACCGUAAAUACUCGGCAGCAAACGGAGCGGGGCGUGCAGAAGGAACAACAGAAGAAGACUGUCGGCACCAUACAGCAAAUGUGCCAGGUUGUGAGGCAUGAAGGAUGGGGGCGACUGUACGGAGGAUUAACUCCAUCAAUUGUAGGAACUGCUGCAUCCCAGGGUGUAUAUUAUUAUUUCUAUCAAAUAUUUAGGGACAGAGCUCAAGCUAAGGCACUUAAACGUCAGAGGAAAGGUUUUGGUGAUGGAUCCAUUGGGAUGUUUUCAUCACUUGUGGUGGCUGCAUUAGCUGGGUCCGUUAAUGUGUUGAUGACCAACCCUAUCUGGGUGGUUGUUACACGAAUGCAGACUCACAGAAAGGCUGCAAAGAAAUCAGAACCUAGUAGCUCAUCAGAUGCUUCAGCUAAGCUUAUAGUUCCAACUGAUCCUCCUCCAUUUGGAACUUUUAAUGCGAUUCAAGAAAUCAUUGAUGAAGCUGGUAUUCCAGGUUUCUGGAAAGGUGUAUUACCAACACUAAUCAUGGUGAGCAAUCCUGCAAUACAAUUCAUGAUAUAUGAAACCCUGCUAAAGAAGUUGAAACAACGACGUGUGUUGCUUAACAAGGGUGGAAAUGGAGUAACUGCUGCGGAGACAUUUCUUUUCGGAGCAUUGGCUAAACUGGGAGCUACUGUCGUAACCUAUCCUCUUCUUGUUGUUAAGUCACGUCUUCAAGCUAAACAAGUUACCACCGGAGAUAAAAAGCAUCACUAUAAAGGUACGGUAGAUGCUAUCCUGAAGAUGAUCCGCUAUGAAGGUUUCCAUGGUUUUUACAAAGGUAUGAGCACGAAGAUCUGUCAGAGCGUGUUAGCGGCUGCUGUGUUGUUCAUGGUGAAGGAAGAACUCGUCAAGGGGGCCCGUUUCGUACUCACCGGAGGUGCUGCAAGUAAAGCACUGAAAUCAAAGCAUCCUUAA